GCUGCAUGUCUGUUAAAGGCUGGAGAGAUGGGAGUUCAGUAAUUUUAUACCUUUCUGAGGGUGUGUUCACUACAGGAAAUACGGUAACACUUAACUGCUCACCACAAGUUCCAAAAGCAGACCCGGGCUCAGUUCAAACCAAUUGGGUUACAAAGUGCUGAAGGUUUAAUGUUUCGCCGCCAGUGUUACAGACAGCAGGCUUUUCACAGGCAGUAGGUCUGGAGAAUGGGCAGCAGCAGCAGCAAGUUGUGCUGCUGUAAAUCUAGAAAGAAGAAAGAAACUCCAUCAAAACAACACAAGGAAUUUUCUCAAGAAUUAGCAGCACUUCACGGAGAUGGUGAUAUACCUGGAAAUGUUUCUGAUCAGCUGCAGAAGACAGAAGCUGUCCUUCUUGGAAGGCACGCAAAAGAGCUUCAAGGGAUCAAAGAGGAGCACAAGAGGGAGCUUGAACGACUUAGGGAAGAUCUAUGUUCAACUCAUAGCGCAGAGAAAAAACAACUUCAGCAGAUACAUGCAGAGGACAUCCAAAGACUGAAACAGGAACUGCAAAAGAAAGAAGCAGCGCAGUCAGACUCCAGAAUAGAGGAACUGAAAACCAGUCAUUCUGAAUAUGUCAAGGUCCUCAGGGAGGAAUGUGAGGCUGCAGUAGCAGGGCUCAUCAAACUACAUAAACAGGAGCAGAAAUCAUUGACCGAAUCCUUUACGAAAACUAACACAUGCCUUCAGGAAAGAAUACAAGAGCUUACUGCCCAAAUCAACUCAUUUCAAAAGAAGACAAAGAAAAUCGAGGAUGCAAUAUUAAGAAGAGAUCUCAGCAAAGACAAUCAGGACUCACGUCCACCAACCUUAUUCUGGGAACAGGAACUGGAGAGUUUACAUUUUGUGGUGGAGAUGAAGAAUGAACGAAUCCAUCAGUUGGAUAGGGAAGUGUUACGGAUGAAGAAUAUGAUUGAAAUAAGUAACAUACUUGAGGAGAAAGCUAAACUCCUUCAGCAAGAAAAUGAGGACUUGAAGGUUCGUCUGACAAAUCAACAGGCCUAUGCAAGACAAUUAUCCAUAGAGCACGAGGUCCUGCAACAGGCUUUGGAGAAAGAAGCUAUGGUCAAAGAGAGACUUUGUCAGGAGAAAGACGAAUUGAUCUGGAAACUGCAAAAUGGAAAUGUGUCACCUACUGUAGAGACUUCAUGGAAACCACUUCAUUCAGAGUCAUUAGAAUUAUCAUUAAGGUGACAGUAAAGUAUUGGAAGAACAGGAAUUUCACAAUAAAAGAUCAACAACCUUGAUAUUGUCCUCCUCUGAGACAAGUGGGAAGCAUCUACCUCAGCAUGCUUGGUUUUGGUUGUCUCAAUGGAUUUGGGCCCUGAGCUGAUUCAGGACAUCAGCUGAUUUUUAAAAGUAAAGCUGCAUUGCAUUUUUAAAGGGUGCGUCACUGCAAUGUUACCAUUGUCCAAAUGAAACGUCAGUAGAGCAAACGACGACUUGGAUGAAAAGAUAAUUGAACUUGGUUUUAUAUGGUCCAUCCUGUACAUUUAUGAAACCAUGUUUGUGAAGUGAAAGCAGUACAGAGCUUAGCUCUGAGACACUUUAUUAAAGGGCAUUUGUUGUUUUGUUUCUUCACAAUUUCAGCUAUGUAAAAGUGUUCUUGACUUUAUCAAAAUGGCACCAUUGUGCGCUGCUUAGUGAAAUUAGUCUUUCUUGACACAAACUCUUCCUUCCAUUUAAGAAAAACAAACCCGAGUUUAUUUUAAGUAUGUUACAAUUAAGCCCUGCAAUCAACAGCAGUCAUGUAGACCAUGACCCUAGUUAUGCAAUUCAUCCAAGUAGAGUCUGAAAGCAAUGAUGAUCAUUAGAAAACCUAGUCAGCUUAAAUAGGAGAAAGGUUGUUUAAUUAUCUAUAAGGCAAGAAAUAUGAUAGCCAUAUGUGAAUUUCUUAAUUAUAAAAUGGAAACUGGCAUUAUGCACAAAUAAAAGUGGGAGUUAAUCUCAAGAUUUUAUUUGUAAGUAAAUCAUGGCUUUAAAUAUACAGAAUAAGCCAUUGUACCAAAGCUUGAUGCAUUAGCUACAGAUUACAACUUCUACCUAUAUCUCAAAAAAACAAUUACAAUUGCAUUUACCAUGAACAGUUUGAUCAAUUAGUUGAGAAUCUCAAGAAGCAUCCCAAUGCUACUGCAAAAUGCCAUCUGUAGUCUUCAAAUUUUCCACAAAGAGUAUCUUCAGUUAAACUGCUGGAGUUCGUAGGGUCCACAAUAAUCAUUGAGAACCUGCACCGUGUAUGGGUAUUACAGAGGACAGCCCACAGACUCACAUGUGUUAGACUGCCUGCAUUAUCCCUGGGAACUAUAGAAGACAGCCUGUGAUAUUUAUGGAAAUUACAGACAUCCUCAUAGUCUCUGUGGGAACUUCAGAGGGAAGCUUUCAAUCCCCAAUGAAACUCUAGACAGCCUGUAACCUCCAUGCAAACCGUGAAGUCCAGAUUUCCAUUGGCUAUUGCACAAUUUAGCAUAAAAAACUUCCAAAGAGCUUUACGAUAAACAAACUCAGGAUAGUGCAAAUGGUUCUGUAAAUUACACACACACAAUACUACUCAAACAGGAUUAGAAUAAGGUCAUGCAAUCCUCUGAAUUGUAAUGUACAUAGUGCCAUUCAGUAAGAUAAAUGAACAGCAGAGUGUUUAAAAAAGACAGGCAAUCAGAAAAAUAGCAGAAGUUGUAUGAUGCAGGUAACUAUGUAAAUUAAGCACUUUAUUGCCUUAUAGAGAAUAUUGUGUUGGAUUUUGAUUGCCAGCGAUUUGUAUUUAAAAUAAAUGAAUGCCAAAAGA